AAGUAUUUUAAUCAAAAUCAAAAAUAGGUUAGAAUAGCAAGAAAAGGGAGGGGAGUAAUACCCAUGUGAAGCGUAAGCGAUCUUACACAUUUCAUUCUGCAAGCGAGACAACGUGCGGUCACGCUGUAGCGAUUUUCAAUUUCUUUUAUAACUACAAUCUCAAAUCAACGGCUUUUCUUCUUUCAUUAAUAAAGAUGCAUAGAUUACCAACUGUAUUGCGUGGUGCAGCUAUGCGCCAAUUGCAAGCUCGUUCAUAUGCAAAAGAUGUACGGUUUGGAGCAGAAGUUAGAGCACUUAUGUUACAAGGUGUAGAUAUCUUAGCUGAUGCAGUUGCAGUAACAAUGGGUCCAAAAGGACGUAAUGUUAUUUUGGAACAAAGUUGGGGUAGUCCAAAAAUUACUAAAGAUGGUGUCACAGUUGCUAAGGGAGUCGACUUGAAAGAUAAGUUUCAGAAUAUUGGAGCAAAGUUAGUACAAGAUGUAGCAAAUAAUACAAAUGAAGAAGCUGGUGAUGGUACUACUACAGCUACAGUUUUAGCAAGAGCCAUUGCUAAGGAAGGAUUUGAGAAAAUUAGUAAAGGUGCUAAUCCUGUAGAAAUAAGAAGAGGUGUUAUGUUAGCAGUUGAUAAGGUUAAAGACGAAUUGAAAGCCUUAAGUAAGCCAGUAACAACUCCAGAAGAAAUAGCACAAGUAGCAACUAUCUCAGCUAAUGGAGAUAAAGCAAUUGGUAAUCUUAUUUCGGAUGCUAUGAAAAAAGUUGGAAAAGAAGGUGUUAUUACUGUAAAAGAUGGUAAAACAUUACACGACGAACUGGAAGUUAUAGAAGGAAUGAAAUUUGACAGGGGCUAUAUAUCUCCUUACUUCAUAAAUUCUAGUAAAGGAGCAAAAGUUGAAUUUCAAGAUGCACUUCUACUUUUCAGUGAGAAAAAGAUAUCAUCUGUACAGUCUAUAAUUCCAGCGUUAGAAUUAGCAAAUUCUCAAAGAAAACCACUUGUCAUAAUAGCAGAAGACAUUGAUGGUGAAGCUUUGUCAACCCUUGUAGUCAAUAGAUUAAAAAUAGGUUUGCAGGUAGCUGCAGUUAAGGCCCCUGGUUUCGGGGAUAAUAGAAAAGCGACGCUUCAAGACAUGGCAAUUUUAACAGGUGGAAUUGUAUUUGGUGAUGAUGCAAAUCUUAUUAAAUUAGAGAACAUACAAUUGUGUGAUUUGGGAGAAGUAGGAGAAGUUGUAAUUACGAAGGAUGAUACGCUUUUCCUUAAAGGCAAAGGGAAAAAAAAUGAUAUUGAUCAUAGAGCAGAUGUAAUUAGAGAUCAGAUUCUUAAUACAACUUCUGAUUAUGAAAAAGAAAAGCUACAAGAACGUUUGGCAAGGUUAGCGUCGGGAGUUGCAGUUCUCAGAGUUGGUGGAAGUAGUGAAGUAGAAGUUAACGAGAAGAAAGAUCGCGUUCAUGAUGCUCUUAAUGCUACCAGAGCAGCCGUCGAAGAAGGAAUUGUUCCUGGAGGAGGUACUGCUCUUUUAAGAUGCAUUCCAGCUCUUCGAAGUUUAAAGGCAUCAAAUAGCGAUCAGGAGACUGGAAUAAAAAUAGUGGCAAAUGCAUUGCGUAUGCCAUGCUUACAGAUUGCCCAAAAUGCGGGUGUGGAUGCUAGUUUAGUAGUAGCAAAAGUUAGUGACAGUAAUCUUGGUUAUGAUGCCCUAAACGACGAAUACGUUGAUAUGAUAGAAAAAGGAAUUAUUGAUCCAACAAAAGUGGUUCGUACAGCACUUACCGAUGCUGCCGGUGUUGCAUCAUUACUUACAACUGCAGAAGCAGUAGUUGCCGAAUUACCUAAAGAAGAACCACAGAUGCCUAUGGGCGGUGGUGGCAUGGGUGGAAUGGGUGGUAUGGGUGGUAUGGGUGGUAUGGGAGGCAUGGGCAUGUAAUUAAAUGAAAUCCCAUACAAAGACUGACUUUUACAUCGGAAUUCAAUCGCAAUAUUAAUCAUCUUGUUAUAAAUUGCGAUUAGAACUGCAGACACAUUAAUAUAAUUUACCAAUUGAGUAACCAAGAAGCUAAAUGCUUAGAACAUUAAUUACUGUACUUUAAAGUAAAUAAUAAGGGAAAACAUGUUU